AUGGGUCUGAACUUCAAGUUUCAACUUUGUGCCCGUGUAGGUGAGUCCACAGUUUUCGUUCGGUUUCCUCAGCGUAGUUGCAGGCCCUAUCACUGCGACAUAUCUUGUAGACAAUUGUCGAUGUUUCGGUAAGUGGCAGCAUGUCCUUAGGUUGCAUUAAAAGGCGACGAAGUAAUACCCAAGGUCGAUGAGCGAUGCCUACUGCGCCGGGUUGUAAUAGUCAAGAAACCGCCCUGAAGGCUCCUUUGAGGUAGGAAAUGGCCCUCCAGACUUCUAGUUGCUGUUCCUUUUAGCGUCACCUGUUCGCUCGACAUCUGUUUUGCUCGAGAAAUCUGUCCAGCUCUUUCACCUUUUUGAAUUACCGUCCCAGAACGUUUGACCUUGGGUAACGAGGUCGUCUGCACCGUUUACUGUCGUAUGAACUGCAUCCUGAAGAUUUGUAGUCAGUCAACACAUAGGUAAAGCAGGCAAUGACGUUGGAAUUCUUGGUUGGCGUCCAGACUCGCGAUAUUUACUGAGUAGAAAACAACCUCUUGGGGGGAAAAUCGAUUGCAUGGGCUGCACCGAAGUCAGCUUGGCAUUUGCUGCCGAACGAUCAAUAAAAUUGCAUGUGCAGUCCUUUAAUGAUUGACAAAGCCGGACACACAGCUACGGAACCCAUUAACAUCUUGACAUUCCGACCUUCGUUGCCGACGAUGUCCACUUGUGCGUGAAUUAGUUUAUAGUGAAUGUAAACUUGCACAGCAUCUACCGUAUUUUCUCCUCCUCCCUCACAUCGACCUGGUGUCAUGACAGAGUCAAGAUGACCGGAGGUGGGGGAGGGCGCAGGUGGAUAGAACGGUCGAGCGCGCACCUUGAUGUUCCUCUCCACACCCCCUGGUCCACACGACAAAUGACCAGGUUUUGGCCGACAACAACAAUGGGGGGAGUAGGGAUCUCAGUGUGAGCAACGGCUGCCGGCUACCGGGCCCGCCACUAUACCCCGAUGGCGGGGAGAUAUUCUGCGCUCGAGAGGCGGCAACAUACGAACAGUUGCGUUUUCUGCACAGAUGUCUCCAAGACGGACCAACCUCACGAUGGCUGAGAUGUAAAGCUCCCCUUAACACGGUUAUGAGAGGAGACGUUGUGAGGCGGUUUGUCAAACAGAUGACGAGAGCUCUGAUCAUGACUGUCAACGGCGUUCGCAGACAUACAAAGCCAAGAUCGAUGAGAGUAGAAGACAGUGUGUCAACACUCUAGGGAAUUCUGUCGCCGCUGAUCUUGGGAAGACGACCUCUACUUUGGCACACCACAGCCAAGCAAGAAGAGAGAAGUUUUGGAACGGAACUUGAUUAGGCUAAAACCAACAGGCACGGAAAGCUCAAACUUGGUGCACAAACUCUCGUCUAAACAGUUAACAGAGCGGCAAAUACGAGUGCUACGGCGUGAAACUUGUUUCAACACUGUAGAUGCCAAUCCUGUCGACUUCAUUGCAGCCCUGGAAGCUAGGCUCAUGAUAAAUGAAACAUCCGACGACAAGAAACAUUCCGUCCGACAAAGUGUUACCUCCUUGUUGAUGACACAAAGACCAACCCAAUGCCUUUUGCAGAUUGUGUCAAAAGCUAUGAGGGAUCUAAGGAAGGACGACAGACUUAUCAUUCGGCCUGCUGACAAGGGACAACCAACCGUCGUGAUGAAUCGAGAAGACUCUAAUUAAAAAGCUAAAACCCUUCUUGAUGAGAGAGAAUUUUAGAGAACAGCAGGAACUCACAAGACAAAGCAAUGGCAGAUCGACUGAGCAAACUGCUUAGAGAAUAGCGGCACAAAAAUGUGAUCACAGAGAAUGAAUGGCACCAAAGGAAGGUAACGGACACCGCGCUAGCUCGAUUCUAUGGUCUGCCAAAAAUGCAUGAAGCAAAUUUCCACUGUGACCAAUCGUGGCCCUAAACGGCUGCCCCACCUAUAAUUCGGCAAAGUGGAUGUUCGCAAAACUGAAGUUCCUCUGAGGCAAUUCGACUACAUCAGUUCGAUCAGCAUCUCAAUUUCUCAUAGACUUCCGAGACCAGAGGAUUCAAUCGGACGAAAUCGUGGUUCCCCUUGAUGUGACGUCUUUAUUCACAUCCAUUCCACCAAAGUUUGGCCGCGAAGUCCCGCACAAGAGACUUGAAGAGGCCUACGAAGAUACUCAGAAUGCACUCAAAACUGAACACCUCAUGGGACUGUUUAAAUUCUGCCAACAAACUUUCUUCACUUUUGCUGGGGAGACCUAUGGAAAUAUCAAGGGAGCCCCAAUGGACCCACCGGUCUUCGGUUUAGCGGCAGAACUGGUUCUACAGGAGUUAGAAAAGAUUGCCAUCAUCCAACGUAAGCCGGUAUUUUGGCACCGCUACAUAGACGGCACGUUUGCUAUCUUAAGGAAGGACACGCUACAACAUUUCCACAGCCCGCUCAAAUCAGUCUUCCCUGGUAUAAAAUUCACGAGGGAAGAAGAACAGAAACAGCAGUUGCCCUUCCUUGAUGUGCUCCUCAGACGAAACCAUAACGGUGAACAUGAAACGACGGUUUAUAGAAAGGCAACGAACACCACACAACUUCUCAAUCUUCACAGCAGCCAUCCGGUGGCUCACAAACGAAGCUGUGUGAAGACGCUCUUCAAACAGCAAACCGGGAGAACGAGCACGUGAGACCCGUUAUCUCCGCGAUCAGUUUGUGCAAAAUGGCUAUCCGAAGGCAUUCAUAAGUCGCUGUCUACGCGGUUGCCCCCAGAGAACCCAAACAUUAACGCCACCAAUGAUAUGACAUUCCCUGCCAUACAUCAAGGACGUUUCAGAGGCAACCGAGGGCAUUGCUGCUGAGCGAGGUGUUGGAAUUGCUCACCGCCUCCAAGCCAUCAUGCGCAGUAGGGUCAUGAAAAGUAAAGACCGGUUCAAGCUUGAGGAGCAAUCUGGGGUUGUGUAUCUCAUCCCGUGCCAAAACUGUCCUUGUAACUACAUAGGCUAAGUUGGGUGCAUGUUCGAAUCGCCCAUACACGGACAUAAGCUGGCUGUGCGAUAAGGCGACACAUUAUCGCAGGUGGCCGCUCACGCCUACAAAAUGGGUCAUGAGUUUGACUUCGCAGCCACCAAAAUAGUCGUCCACGCCGAAAACAAAACGGGCCGAGAAUUGAUUGAAGCCUGGACCUUGGGAGAGAACUCAGUCAAUUGAUUUGUCGAUUUUGCGUCGGCAUACAGAGCCCUACGCAGCCAUCCCCAGUCCUGCGUCAUCGGUCGGUGAUUGGCCUGCAUGCCCUAUAACUGUCGCUUGUUCUUUUGCUGCUAUUAUCUCUGACAAUGGACUCCCGCACGAGUUCGAAAGCCCAGCACAAUAAACAGAGUGUUCCGGUGCUCUACCAUCCUUCUUCUUCAAUUAUGCGUAUACCUGGAACUCGAACUUUCGACUUUAUCCAUGUUGGCAUUUGUUAUGCGUGCAACCCGAUAACGCCUGCCAGAAUCCGACAUGGACGCGUGCUCUUCCAGUGCAUCGACCGCGUGGCCCGUUUGGGGGGGACCAAUUAACAUUCUAGCUGAGCGUGACUAGCAUAACCAGUCAACGCAACAGUGCGCGCGAAAGGAGGUUACUGCAUGACUUGAGCAAACAAAAAUGUAGAGUGCAAAAUCGAGUCCAAAACGCGCACACCAAAAAUUACUCUGGUGCACGCAUUGACCAGUGAAGACAUAAGGGCGGUUCGCUCAAAGAUCUCGGCUCAGUGCUUAUGUGAGGUGCCGUAUUUUAGAAGUUGCGAUUCAGCUGUUAACAAGUACGGGAGAUUUACAUCGCAUAUAAUGACUACCCGAAGGCGACUUGUGUCCGUUUAAAGCGAACCCGCAGACUUUUUUGACCGGAGGUAACCACCGUGCGAAAUAACGUGGGUUGACGUAGUUAGCUUACCCUUCUGUUGUGCGGUAAUUCCGUCAGAGUAACGGACUUCCAAUCGUUCGCCAUGAGAUAUUUUAUCCGUUGGGGUAAGCCACUCACAGCCACUGAAGCCCCACUACAUAGAAAGCUAAGAGAGGAAGACAAGCAGGUCCUCUAUAUAAGGUAAUUAGAUCUCCAAUUUUCUCCAGUAUACUUCCAGUCAGGUUAGUAGUCGUUGUCUGAGACAAUCGUUUCCGCGCUCUCGAGACGGCAUUAGUAAACUUUUGGAAGUAGGUAGUCAGCCAAGAAGAACCCUGCAUCAAAUUCGUCCGAAUUUUGUUCAAUGGGACAAAAAUCAAAGAGCUUCUGUUUUAAAUGUCUGGAAAAGGUGCGUUCGAUGAAAGGCGAAGCUGUUGCCCUUCCUCCACUACCUCCUGUUCUCUGCCAGUGAAAACAGGCCUCCAUUCCCAUCCUCUAUUUUUAACCCAUCAGCGUAAAUACCCGAUCGGAACCAACAGGACAACGAGCCCGUAGCUCAGCGGUUAGGAACGCUGGACUUAUAACCAACAGGUCGCGGGAUCGAGGCCCAGGUGUUCAACACCACGAAGUUGGGUAUGACUGGCUGACGACGGCUAAUAAGCCAAAAAUGACCAUCUUAGUCUCCCAUGUCUUUGUCGGUAAUGCAAUUCUGCCUAUAUUAUGCGUCGCCAUGCGGCUGCUGCCGGAGCUCAAGAGAGAGCUUCAAGGUGCAAAGGGACGAGGGAGUUAUGUGGGGCGACCGGUGAACGCCCCAAUACCGUUAUAUAUGUAUAUGUUUAUAUAUUUAUAAAUACAGUAGGUGGGUUAACUCAAAAAAUGUCAACCGAAAUUCCGAAAUGCGUUUUCGUUUUGAAAAGAUUAAUUAAGUAAGGUUGUAAAUCUAAUCUUUGUGCAGCAUAGUUCUCUAAUAAUUCCGUUAUCUCAACAUGCCGGCCUUCGAACGAAAUCCUUUCCAGCUGCAUGCAGAAAUUACACUCUGUAAAAAAUGACUACUUAAGCAGCAUGCAUUUUUCUCAUUGAUUUUCGAUACCCUUAAAAGUUCAGUUAUAUCUCAUGGAAAACAUGCAUAAAAACAUUCAUUCUUUUGCUCACUCGGUAGAAAGUUAUGUCACCUUCCAAGUUUAUACUCGAAGGAAGGGUAUAAUUUGGUUUUAAAAAAGUUUCUCAUUGUGAGACUUUUAACACGGUGAAAUGGCCGUUCUUAAAACGUCAUGUCUCUGCAUUUACCAAUGUGGUUUGUAAAGUUAACGAUAUGGCUAAAAUCCACUGUUAAAUUCUAUGAACCUCAUAUGGUCUCGUCUUUAUACCGUUGAGAAAUGUAUCGUUUUCCGUAUGGGGAAAAUAUUCGGCUUGUAGUUUCGGAAUUCUGAAUGCAAGCGUAACGUCAGGUCGGAAUGCAAAAUUAUUCGAAAAUUUCAAAAGUUUUUGAAAACCGAGUUACACCCUUCCUUCAAGUACAAAAUUGGGAGAAGACGUAAUUUUCUACCGAGUAAACAGAAGAAUGAAUAGUUUUAUGCAUGUUUUCUAUGAAAAUAAUCGAAAAUUCAUGAGAAAAAUGUAUGCUGCGUAAGUAGUCAUUUUUACAGAGCAUAGUUUUUGCAUGCAGCUAGAAAGCAGUUUGUUCGAAGGCCGCCAUGCUGAGGUAACUGAAUUAUUAUAGAACUAUGCUGCACGAAGAUUAGAUUUACAACCUUACUUAAUUAAUCUUUUCAAAACGAAAACGCAUUUCGGAAUUUCGGUUGACAUAUCGUGAGUUAGCCUACCUGCUGUAUAUUUCCAACGUUUCAAAUCUCCUAGCUUUAAGGAAACAUGUAAUCUGCAAAAUAGGUUGUCUUUGAAAAGUUCAACUGAUUCUUCCCUCUCCUCUAAUGACGAAGAUUUGUACGCCUGAAAUAUUUGUUAGAAAAUAAAAAAGACGCACCGCGUGUUACAUAUUGCAAGUUACACCUUCGUUAAUCUAUAUUCCUCGUCUCACUGAUUAUCCGAGUUUUUUAGUUUUGGGUGUUAUAUCAGAAUUUUCCUGCAAGGUCUUAGCACUGCAUUAUGCGAAUCGAUAUUUAAGGCAAGCGCCCUUUGCGAGUACAAAUUUUUGAGGUCCAGAUUGUCCUACUGAUAGCAUUAGGCCAGUGAAGAGGCCCGUAUUCAUCAACAGAUGCCCCCAAAAGGACUUUGCACCAGGCGAUCACUAGCCAUCUAGUCAAGGACCUGGCACUAGAGUCCAUGGCGGUGGGUACAUUCUGUAUUUGCCUUUUUGUUUAACGGUCAAUUUACACCGCCACUGCGUGUCGGCACACUGUUUACUUAACCAUCAGUCUUAGUCAAAGUGGGGGGAUCACGUGUGUGAGACAAUAUAUGAAACCUAAGAGAACUACGAAAUAAAUAUAAGAACUUCGAGGUAACCAUGGAAGCCUCACGACUUCACUACCACGGCUAUGCGUUCAGUCGAGUAGAUGUAAUAUGAUUAGCGUCCAAAAGCUGGUAGCGGUCGGUCUUAUUAAAAUUAUGGGCUAGUCCUAAAAAAGUAUGAAACGUACCCUCUCCGUUGACGACAUAGUCGACCUACCUGUCAGAUGGGGUGCGUUCCCAUCUCAGCCAUCCUUUGGUCAUGUGACUGUUGGUGGGAAUAAACCCUCAGUUUUCGUCAAAUGUGAUUGCUUUUCCUUAACUAGCAUGCUCGUAGGGCAAUUCAGGCCUGUCAGUAUUCUGGGGUGUUAAAAGUGUUUUUUUAGUCUCGUUCAAACUCCCGUUUUAGUCGUUGUUGACAAUAGAAACUAACGAAUUCGGCCGCGUUCGUUGCAAUCAUCUACGACUGAUUUACUGGGUUUCAUAACACAUGUGGCUCUCUACCAUAAUUACUUGGAAAGUUGAAUACAAGAGGAACCCGUAGGUGAAUACAGAAAGUCUUGACAGAAUGGUCCCUGUCUCUUUUCUUCAGCAAAAGCACUUUGACUGCUUUCAUGUAGAGGACUUCUUGACUGUAACGACACUAAAGUCGGAUAUCAGCACCAUCAGCUGGCAGUCUACCAGUCCUACCAAUUAAUCGUACUUCUAGCUUUCUAUUUGGGGUAAGUAAUGCGCACGCUGACUGGAAGCACAACUCCCUCUUUCGGUCGUUUUCAACACUGAAUGAGAACAUUCUUUGGAGAUUCAUUCCUUCCCAAUACUUAUCAACCACCUUUUCUUUAUUUCUGUAGGUAUGGCGUUUACUGAGGGCGAUUUACUGUCCACAAAACGCUUACUGUAUCCACAUGGACAGAAAACAAUCACCGCGGAUCAAGAGCUGGCUUCAGACAAAGAUCAAGGCCUGCCUUCCAGAUUCCUCGAACGUCCAUCUCCUAUCCACAAUUGAUGUCCAACACUCGUACAUAUCUGUCUUGGAGGCUGAUCUUCUCUGUAUGCGGCUCUUGUGGCAACUGACGACAACGAAGGGGACGUCGACCUCACAGCAUCCGCCCUGGCGUUACCUUAUAAACCUAACCGGUCAAGAGUUCCCUCUCAAAAACAACCUGGAACUGACGCGAAUACUGCGUGUGCUGAACGGGGCUAAUAUAGUCCAACAGUUAAAGUCAGUAGACUUUGAGAUAGACUCUUUAAAUGGGACCGGUGUCCGAAUACGAUUUUUCCCGCGAAAAUCUAAACAAACAUGCUCGGGUCGUUUUUCAUAACAUUCCGGUCGUUUACUUUAGCUUGCUUUGUACUCAGUGAACUGCUCUCUGCAGGAGACAGUUUCAUAAGCAGAAGUACCGUACAUGCACUGAUCGGGAUGCCUAACCCAGGGCAAGGAUUACAUUUGAAAGAAAAGAACCACAGCAAGAUUGAGCUUGCCUGUUUGCCUCACUGCUAGGCACCCUUCAUGUUUGCUGGUAGUAGAACGGACUUCCAUGAGAAAUUAAAUGCAUAAUAAGAAGAUUUACCUCUGGUGAAUAAGAGGUCGCAAACUAGCAGUGGUAGUCUUAACGUGAUGUAGAGAAUUUAGGUCUGGCGAAAAGACUACUUUCCCAAAUGCCGCGGAGUUCGAUGACAGCACUGAAGUAUGACAAGCAUGAACUGCUAUGAAAAAGGCUCUUUCUGUUGCCUAUCAGGCUGACUAUCUAUUCGAAGGCCAAGUCUUCUACUAGAGCAGCCAAUCUCAACUAAAAUCACUAGUCCUUCUUAAAAAUUCGAGUCUCAAGCAGUCACUACAUUCAACUAAGAUGCAAGCGGUCCUCAUCAGGCAUAAUGGCAGAUAGCUCAAUAAAUUAAACAUCCCGACGUGUACUUGCGAUCUAAUGGCGGAUUUCGUCUCACGGCAAAUGCAUCGUGGCUCAUAAAAUCUAUCAGUCGCUACACCAAGUCCAUUGACACAUUGUUGAAACAUGAAGCAAUAUUUCCCCGGAAUGAAUUUAAAGCAGGCAUGGACAGCAGAUUUUAUUGGAAGCAGUAAAUUUUGCGACGGCUUAUCAACUGCAGUCUGUCGUUACAUAACACAGAAAACAAGUGAGAAAGAUACAGAAGUUUGAACUUCGACAGAGAAAAUCAAUGUAAAACAGCAAGGUCAUCGUAUACUGCACGCAGACUAACCAAUAAAAUGGCAACUUCAAACGCAAUAUAGGAAAAAAGGGGAAGUAAACACGUCGAGGGAUUUCGUAAAUCAACGACAGGCCGCAGUUGAUAAGACGUCGCGAAAUUUACCGGUUCCGAUAAAUUCCGCUGUCCAUGCCUGCUUUAAAUUGUUGAAACAGUCAGGCAGAAGCUCUUCGGACGUGAUCCUCUAUACUGCCUUUCAGCCGGGUACUUUUUCCUGGUGGUCUUCCCCGUUUUACUUUUGUAUCUCGUUUGUCCGAAGAGAUCCAGAGGUUUCUUUUUUCUGGCGUUUCGCAUAUCCGCGAGUGUCUGUUGGCAGAGUCAGAAUGCGCAACUGGCCGUUGCCCGGCCGUGCGGAAAGUGCCAUAAUAUAUGAACUCGCAUUAUUUGUCCCACGCUUCUGUAAGCACACUGCCUUCACGGCGGCGCAACAAUCCGUCUUCAUAAGUGCAUGCCCGGAACUGCCAGCUUCGCUUGAUUGCAAGCGAUAUUCCCAAAUCUGCUGCCUGGAGCGCAUCUAGUUUAUUCGAUAGGACACGGGAAUAGAAACUUGCCCGUCUUUGAUACAGGUAGUCUUGCGCUAAAUUCCAGGGAGAUUAGGGUUUAGGUUGAGGACUAGUGUUAAGAUUAGGACAGGGGAAUAGGUACCCCUUCUGGAAUUUAGCGCAGGACACCUGUAUUCCAGAGUCUUUUCUAUUUGCCUUUCUUCCAUUUUAUUCUGCCUGUACGAGGCAAGAUAAUAUCUAGGCCAUCCUACACAGGAUACUCACAAAAUGUUUAUAUUCAUAGGCUUGCAGAAAUACCGCAGCAUGUCAACCGCCGGUUUUGGGGGUCAGUCGUAGAAGAGUCUACACAUAGAUUGGAAAUAAUUUGAAAUAUAAGUUGGUCUUCGUCUUAUUGUAAUAUCCAUCGUUGCACACUGAAGUACGGACAUCGCGAAUAGAUCCUGGCAUUCCUGAAGUAUGUCGCGCCAUUUAAUUGCGAUAAAAUCUACCCCCCCCCCUCACCCGAGAUUGCAUACCUGAAUUUUGUCAAAUAUCGCUGGGUCAUUGACCGAAUGCAAAUGCGGUCCCCUACUUUGAGGGUUAAGUUCUCUGUGACGGAACGAUGUGUUGCUGCAAACACAGAAUCGACUACAAUUUAGACUUGGCCAGUGCUGACAACCUCUAGUCUCUGUAGUGUUCCACUGCAGAUGCAGGGCUGCUCCAGUUUCAAAGCAGUUUUGGGCGUCGACACAACUUACUCGUCUUCCUUACUAGUUAGCGCGUGGCCUGUGGUUAUGGUGGUUAAGUUACCCCGUUUUCUUUAUUCAGUUCAUUAGGGUCCUUCAUCCUAUUGUUGCCCUCUAUGUUGUACCAUGUCAAUGGACAUGUCUGUUGGUAUGAUAACAAGGUUAGCGACGCAUUUGACAAAGUAUCCCUUUCCUUUGACGAGUGAGAUGCCAAACCGGGCCAGGGGGACCAUGAGGAAGAGGUAUCCAACCAAAAGACAGUGCACAAAGUCGCAUUCACGAAGGAUGUCAACGACAAGACUCGACCCCUCGAGUUGAGAGCACGACUCAGACCCACUUAUCAACACACCAACAUUAGAAAGCAUUUUUCCUCUCCCCGCAUGUUUCUUUUCCCCUUACUGCGGUCACGAUCCCUUGUGACCUCUGCGGCGGAGUACGUUAUUUGCACCCCGCGCCACUUAGCUCCAGGCUUUCGACACGCUCUGCGGUUCAUUCCAUUUUAGAGCACCAGUGAAAUUCACCAUUGACGGAUUCGUCCUGUCAGCAUUUAUUGGGAUGCACUACGUAAGAUACACACUUGCUUCCCCUGACAACUUGCCCACUCACUAGCACACCCUGGCAUUUGUGUGCGCGCCCGCAGCAGCUUUGAACACAGACCAGCAUUGUCGUGAGUAGGAAGCUCAACGCAAUGUCGGCUCCUACACUACAAAUGCCCACAGCCAGCGUGACAAUACAAAACAGACAGUCUUCCAAGAAUUGCUUUAUUCUCGUCUCUUCAGUCAGAAGUCAUCACGUUAAGCAAUCUGCGUUGCAUAUUUUAACCUACCCUCCUCCUCGAGGGCAACUCGAAUGAAGGUGCGAACAGUAUUCACCGUCAUCGUCGGACGUAAUAGUGUCCUUCAAUGUAACCUCUGGUAAAGAGGUUUCUACAGUUUCUACGAAGGAACUUCACAACUUUCUUGCCUUCAGGAAGAGAAACAGCCAUCGGAGACGGGGUCGGUAACAAAAACAGAUUGAUAUAACCUGUCAAAAGUCAGCAAACUGACGUAUAUGGUAUCGCGGCUACCAUUUAAAGUGUACAAAAUUACAGCGCAAGGACCGCAUGUAGGGCAUGGUAAUGUCAAAACCUCUGCAGAAAAAGUCAUCUUGCUUAGUGGCUGCAAACCCCGGCUUCCACUCGCUGCCGAUCAAGAGAUACAAAUGUUUGACACCUGCUGCUUCCGAAGAAGGCUUCCGUUGUGCCUUGUGAACCAUUACUCAAAUACGAACUCCAACGCCCAUUGGGGAAGUCUGCUGACGUUGUGAUAAAGGUCGUCGACUCGGGCUGUCUGAUCGCGCACUCUGCCAACUCGGAGGCGGUGAUCGUUCACAACGUCAUCUCCCUGAAUCUCUGUCCGGGUUGGUGCAUCCGACAUGCUGACCAAUUUAGGAAGAGAACGGGUGUCUCUAAAUAGGUCCUAAAGAGCAUUCUGGGUACGACGGUCUUCGAGAAGGGUAUCCAACUGAACAAUAAGUUGCGGGUAUGUGACUGUCGACACAGGAUAUAAACGCGUCAGUUUUUGACGUUGUGUAAACUGGAGUCGACUAAACUUGCAUUGAUUUCGGUCGAUACAAGUGAAAAAAAAACAAUCUGCAAUUUAUGAAUUUUCUUAAGAUCAGCUGCCGGUACAGAGCUCUUGGGAGCAUCAGAAAGCUGAUUUAGGUGCAGAAGGAUUCGUCGUCUUCCCAAAAUGCCAUAAAUUAGCAAACUCACAUCUGCGUGUUAGCGGAUGAUGGAUAAAGAUACGGAGAUCUAGUAACAAAGCAUACGAGUGUGCGUCCAUUUCAAUGUGGGGUAGCACUCGAUGCAUCCAAAAACAACUGUUUAUUGGGGAGACACAGAUGAAAUCUUGGUUCUUCUGCGCCACCAAUCCCAUUGCCGGGACCGCACCCAUGACCCCCUGUGAUCCGUGUGUUUGCCAGUCGUCCCGUUUCCCCCUAGGUUUUGCUAGGAGAUAUGACUGACCUAAGAGAGCAGGCGUAAGUGUGGACAAUUUGUUGCAUCGGACUCGCCCGUGUUUAUCGGUCAGGCUCCUCAAAUUGUCGUUCAAUAUGCUGCGUUGAGCCAAAUGUUUUAAGUUCGUGUAUUCAUAUUAUGCUAUCAUCAGUCCAAAACUUAUAUGUAUGUAUGCAUAUAUAUAUUCUAUGUUUUCUUUUUAAUUAGCUCCUUUGUAGACAAUUACCUUUUUGCGAUCCACGUCACCCUAUUGGGAGCUUGGGCACCAAAGGCAUAGCGAGCGUCAGUUUUUGUUCGUUAAAAUCUAAUAAUUAAGCUCAAAAAAUGUACUAGAAUGAGACAAGCAAAGCGGAACAGUUAUGUGUACCUGCGAAACAUAAAUCCAUUACCUCUGCAUUUCAAUGCAACGCUGAGAUUUUAAUCAUGUACUUUCUUUCAUAGAUUCGACUUCUAUAGAUACCCUAUACUCCAUCGACCUCCACAUGGACUGCAGCUCUACAAAGGCUCCGUUCACGUUGUACUGUCCUGGGCUUUUGUUGAUUUCAUCUUCACGGACCCCAGAGUUCGCGACUUUCUGCACUUCCUUCCGCAUGUUGGCGUGCCAGACGAGGCCUUCUUUUCCACUGUGAACCACAAUGCACUUCUCAGCGCACCCGGUGGUUUUCCCUGUUAGUGCCUUAACCGAUUUCAGCUUUGCCUCUUCUAGCCUUUACUGUCUUUCUGUAGGAGUAUACAAGGCUGAAAGAAAUUAGACUUUUUGGGGAAUAUGCGCUGAAAUCUUUCGUUCCGAGAUUCUGUGUAGAUGCUAGUUUUUUGACCUGGUAACUUCGGAAGGUCAAAUCCUCUGAUUCACCAUGGAAGGAGUAAGAUGAUAAAAAAAAGCUUUCGCCAAGACGCGUGAACACUAUUCCGUUCGUGGAAAAGUUGUGUUUUAAGAACAACCUAGGGCCUUUAGAGGAUUCGAGUGAGAGUGUUGUCCACAUAUCCGGCCCGAUUGCUAAGCGCAAUGCUUACGUUGCGUCCGCAAGUCGCUGAUUCAUGCGAUCCGAGGGUACUGCAGGUGUCUGUCCGUUAACCAGGUUGCAUCGCAGCUCGUUGGAUGGAUAAGGAGGAGGGCUUUAACACCAUGCCCAUGCACUCGCCACUUGUCAGCGCCUAGCUUAGCGUUAUAACAGUCGCUCAAGGGACGGUUAUAGGAAAUAGUACACUUGCGAUAAUAACAGAGGGGCGAAGUACAUUGGGAUAUGCAAUUAUUCGGAGUUAGUAAUCAAUAAGUGAAACACUCACCUGUCCGUCUGCUAAACGCUCGUAGUAGAAGCGUAAAAAUGAGAUAAACAGAGGACUCGACGUUUCACUAUAUUGUAUACUGGUUAUAAGUACUGUUAGAUAGUGAGUCACAUGUCAUUGUAGUUAACGCAUCUGACCCCACAUGAGGAGGUCUGUGAUCCGACUUUCAGGGAGGUAUUGAACGUCAGCUGUUUACGCAUCGAACACGUCGGAGUGAACAAUUUGUGACGUCUAGGUGAUGAGUGUACGCAGAGUGACACUUCGGCCUUCGUUACCAACCAUGCUUACCGUGUACCCCAGAGCAUGGUGACUUGCGCUGCAUCCACCACAUUCUCUCUUCCUCUCCCACCCAGGCCCAGUGUCAGGGCAGAGUCAAGGAGAUCGGAGGCGUGAGAGGUCGCAGGUGGCUGGUGCGGCGUACACCCGCAUCUAGACGCGCAAACCCAUCCCCUGAUUUGCACAUAAACGAGCAGGAUUUCACACAACAAGUUAACGGUGGGUGGCACAGAUCCCAACUAAGUGGGAGUACCAUAAAAGCUACAUUAAGAAGGAGCCAUUCCAGUCCGACUCUUAGUUCCUCAGUCGGCCUUUCCACACACGGAACACUGGGCUGACUGCGAGGUUCGAGAUGAAUCCGCAAUUGACGGCUUCCCUAGCCAAGACUUUUAGUGCAACGUGAUAGUCUCAAGCACACUGACCUUACUAUCUCCCCUCUUUCUCUCUCUCUUCCCUAUCCCAUGCAUCAGUCAAUUGUCCAGGCCAUUCAACCAACUGAUGCUAAGAUUGAGAGAGGCGGCCAACAGAACUGAAAACGACCUGUCUGCGCCUGCCAUGCGCACGACCGGGACCUCCACAAAAAGACACCGGGGUUUCGCACGAAGAAUGUGGGCUGCUCGGAUCUCACAUGUAGCAGAAGGGCCACAUGGAAAGAGAGCCGUAGAACACACUUCUCACUCACGUGAGAGAUUUCUAGUUUGUGCCUGUAGUGUGUGAUUUUAAGCGUGUCCAUGUGUGAUGCAUUUGUUGAUGAGGUGAUGAUGUUGGUGAUAGAGCGCUACAGUAAUUACGGCUGAAUCUCUUUUUGAAGGAGAAGGGGAAGGACACCAGCAGGGGUCGUAUGUUCUGUACAGAAGCUGGGUGGUGACCACCGCCCUGUCCUGGACGGUUUGGUGUGAAAGUUUGGUGAACCCUUAUUUUAGUCCAGAUUAUUUGCUUUUUCUCAUGAGGUGAUGCGAUAUAGGUUCAUUCUGUUAUAUUGUUUUUUUUUUCUAAUUGCUGAAAAACUCCUUCAGAAGUCUUAAGCCCCACUUCCACCCUGUCUUAUUAUGAAAGCAUUAGUUUUUAAAACUCCUACUUCCUUACAGGUGAAAUAUUUUAAAACAAAAGAAAGCCUAGGGCUUGGUAGAUCUCCCCACCACAGGUUCACGUAUGAUUGGCUAAUAAUGGCAAGUAUGCCAGAAAUGAAACCAUGUCGCCGUGAUGCGCAUCAACCGGACAGAAAAAGGUUGCUUUCAAAGGGUCGACUCCUCAUUUUGAAUUAAAAAUACCUUUCUCCUCGUACCGAACAAAAAUUAGGCCAGCCGGCCAAUUUAUCAGAAGGUAACACCAGUGGAAUUCUGGACUCAAGUUGAAUUCUGCGACCCAGUCGGCGCUCGGGGUGCCACAGGUGCGUCGUUAAAGUGAUACCGUUAUUGCACCUCAAUACUGUCGCCUUUACUGAUUGUUUCGGACGCUAAGCAAAGUUUAGACCAGGGCGGGUGAGUAGCUUUCAGCGUCGGGACAAUGAGCGCCAUCGCUGUUAUUUAUGUUUUUGUUUUUGGACAGGAAGCAACCGCUGCGGGUGACCGGAUCCUAGGCGAAUGUCCGGCCAGCGAGGACGUGGAAGACGGUAAAUGACAGGGGUAGUGUCGCAGAUUAGCGUGCUUGGACUCAAGUCUCGCAGCCGCGACACUUAGCCCGUUGCAGCCCUAUUUGCAGCCGCAGACGCAGUCGGGUUACGGGAGCCGGGGUGGUAUAUUUAGUGUUGGAAGGGUGCUGUGGACUGGCUCAUUACUUAUGACGGUGGCAGAGGGGCUCCCGCGCGUUGGUAAUAACCUGAUAGGUGUGCGUUAGGGGUGGGACGUCGUGGGCUCCAUCGGAUGAAGUGCGCUAGGCUAAUGGGCAAUAUUGUCGAGGUUCAGCCACCGUUAUGAGUUGAUGAGCUCCUCUUUGGGACUCGAAGUCGCCUCAGUCUCAAGUCCGAGUGCGAGAUGCGAUGGUAGCGGACACACUCCGUGAGUGCGUACUCAGCCGCCCCAGCUCCAUCUCCUCACCUCCUGAAGACAUAGGCGUCAAGGUGACCAAUUUUCUCUUUUCAGUCGCGGAAAAUCGGAUAGACGUUUUCUCCACGCCUUUUUUAAGUACUCCCUCCAUUUUCCCCGUAGAUUGCGCAUAAGCUAUUGUGACGCAGUGUGGCGUUCGUGAUUUCCUGCAUAGCCGCUUUCGCAAUAAAACCCGUCGGACGUGUGCCUUCUUGCGAAUGGCAGUUCUCGACCUUUUCCGGCACUUCUACAUCGUUACUACUUAGCCAUAAUGACCGGGUGAUUGUGAGAAUCCCACCUCGUCGUUGAAGGUGAGUCAGGUGUUUGAAAACUUGAGACUCAGUUGCCCCAGGCGCAGAUUUAUUAACCCUUGUCGAUACAAUUUUCGAUUUGCGAAAAUGCGCUCUGUUAAGAUCUGAGGGCUAACCGCCACCCAGAAGUCACCAUAAAUGGUCAAGAACUAACGACCGACAGGAGGACUGUGUCUUUUCGUCUGAGCGUCCUGGUGGACAUCGAAUAACAGUUAUAACUGCGCUACUCAAGUGGGUUUCGCACGAAAAAAGCACCAUGCGAUCAGCUCGUUCAGCACGAGGAGGGACAGAUGAAGAUGGUAGGAAAUUUUGGAAAGUCCCGUUCGCAUGACUCGUACCGAGAAAACGAAGCCAAUGACUUGACGAAGUGAACGGAUAACGCAUCCGAAUUUACUGAUGAAACAGCAGAGAAGAGGCAUGAAAUCAGAUCUAAUGUGAUAGGCAGUUGGUGAAUGGGGGAGGAGAAGAGUGAAGAGGCGAUAAUGCACGGUAGAGCAUGGAAGCAAGUACCUCCACUAUUACAGGUGGCCUUGCGAUAAAUUCAAGACAGUUAGGGCUAAAGUUAGGACGCGGGAAUAGGUAGAGUCCGCAAAAUUCGGUGCAAGGCUACCUGUAAUGCGAGGAUAUUAAUUCCACUGACCAAUCAAGUGCACGACCACGGUUAAAAAAACAGUAUCCCUCCAGACUCUCUAGUCGUUGUCUUCUAUUGACUUCCACUAAAUAAGUGACAAUGCAAAAAGUUAUGGAUAUUGUGCCGACAGUCGUAUUUCUGGUUGUUAGAGGCAGGUGCGUUGACUAAACAUGGAACUUCUGAUCCGUGAGCUGAAUAACACAAAGGCAGUGAUCUUGCCGAUCUCUUAUAUUGUUUUGCCGACUCACCUGCCUACUUCCAUCUUCUGCACUCUAUCCGUGCAUAGACGGCGAUGAGGCCUACAGAAGAGGCGAAGGAUUUGUGAAUCGGUGGAAACACUUCUGGCCAGAAGAGUGCCACGGCAAAUGGCGCCACCUUGUCUGCAUUCCUGCCCUUGAGGACUUGCAGCCCCUCUUCCGACUGCAGUCGCCCGAACUGUUCAUCAACAAGUUUGUUAUGCACCUGAACAGCGACGUUCUAGAUGUCACUGAGGGCUGGUUCUACGACCGACAAGAUUGGCUCUACCGUCAUCAGAAUCUCACGUUCGCCCCCCUGGACUUUUUUGCAAACCUCCCACAUGUAAAGUACCAGAUUAAUAGGACAUUAAAUGCACUAGAAAAAAGUUGA